AAAUUCUUAAAAGAAAAAAAGAUAAAAAAAGCAUUUUGAAAAAUAGUAAAAAAGAAAAAAAUGUUAAAAUUAGAUUAGCAGAAAUAAAUUUAAAUGAAAGUAAAAUAGAUAUUUUGCAAGAAAAUAUUACAACAAAUGCAAAGAAAAAAGCAACUCUUCUGUAUACAAAAUAUAAACAUGUUAACUAUAGUACAGAGAUUGUUAAAGAAUAG